AUGGUGAGCCUCCUCAGUGUUCCAGAGCCGUUCAAGAACGGCGCUGCGGCCGGGAUCUCGGUGGGAUGCACGGUUGCGCUUUUUAACCAGAUCGAUACGCUCAAGAUCCGGUGGCAGGUCUACAGCGGCAAAGACACGCUUGCGGGCUUGCUCCGCACGGUGCUUCGCGAGGAGGGCUACUGGAAGGGGCUGCACCGGUCCGGGUUGAUCUGCAACAGUUGCAGCAUGGGGUCGGCGAGCGCCAUCCGCAUGGGCCUCUACCCCUGGUUCCGGGAGCAGGCCGUCCGGCUGUCAGGAGCCGAGGAAAAAAAUGCAGCGCACAUGUUUCUUGCCGGGCUGCUACCGGGAGGCAUUGGCUACUUCUUCGCGUCGCCGCUGUACCAGGCGAAAAACCGUAUCCAGGCGGAGAACGGGCUGCUUUGCAGAGAGACCGGAAUUCUGCUCACCGGCGCGCGAAAAGGGCAGCCACCGCAGUACCACGGCGUCGUGCACUGCCUCCGCUGCAUUAUCCAGGAAAAGGCGCUUUUUCGCGGUGCGUCCGCGAUGGUCGGCCGCGGCGCGGCACUCACAGCGGGGCAGAUGCUGGGUUACGAUGGAUUGAAAACGUACAGCUUGCGGCACGACCUGGCUGCCGAGGGCCCGGCGCUGCACGUGGUUGCAAGUUUGUCUUCCGCGUUUUUCGCUGCUGCUUGUUGCAUGCCGUUUGACCAGGUGCUAGUGCGGUACCAGACGUUGCGCGACAAGCACAGUUCCGGGAUAUCAAACUGCGUCCGCUCGCUGUGGCGCGAGGAGGGUGUGCGUGGUUUCUACCGUGGGUGGCUGCCGCUGUUCUCCCGCUUCGGGAUCAUAUUCUGCAUCUACAUGCCAGCGUAUGAACAACUGCGUGCACGAGUUUUUUCUAUCGGGUACUUCAAGUAGAUGAAGCUGAGCAGACGUCCGAAAAAGCAACAAGGAGCGCGCGAAAGGAGACCGACGGGUGCGGAACGGGGCCACUCCGCGGAACGGGGAUGUUGGGAGCGAACCCAUGCCCGACGACGCGGUUUGGCCUUUUGUGGUUCAGGGACAAGAGUUUGGCAACAUUGGUUGGGCGCGCGGGGUUACAUCUGAUCAUGUACAGGUGGAUCGCAUGGAUGUGUACGGAUUGAAAAUUCUGCGCAGGUGGAAGUUCUUCUCGUUGCGCCACUAAUUCGUUCUUGGACGUGCAAGAAGCACUGCCUUAUUUUAAGAUUGCCUUGUAGAAGAU